AUGAGUUCAAAUCGUCAUUGGAUGUAUACACGAAUUAGAAAUGGUCUUCUCACUGAGGAGUUUUUCGCUGGUCUUGAAACUUUCAUCCAAUUUGCUACUAGUGAACAUAGUUCGAUGGACGGGGAAAGAAUUAAGUGUCCAUGUAAUCAGCGCAAGUGUCAAAACACCAAGUUUUUAGAUGUGCCUACCGUGAAAUUCCACUUAGCAAAAUAUGGAUUUGUGUCGGACUACUACGUUUGGCGCUUCCAUGGCGAGGCCAAUCUGAGGGUAGAUGUCGAUCAAGAUGUUGGUGCCCCAUCUCAAAUGGCUAGUGAAGAAGCAUCUAAUGCUUACCAUACAAUGGUUAUGGAUGCUGUUGGUCCUGAAUUUAAUGUGGAUGAAAUAGAAGAAUCGCCAAAUCCUGAGGCCCAGAAGUUUUAUGACAUGCUGAAAGCUGCAGAUCAAGAGUUGUGGCCUGGGAGUAAAAAACACUCGCAGUUGUCUCUUGUAGCUCGACUUAUGAGCUUGAAAUCAGAAAAUCACAUAUCAGAAAAAUGUUUCAAUCAAUUCACUGAACUUAUGAAAGAAGUUGCUCCAGAAGAUAAUCUAGUCCCUGAAAACUUCUACGGAACCAAAAAGCUAUUACGGGGCAUGGGGUUGCCAGUUCAGAAGAUUGAUUGUUGCAAGAACAACUGCAUGAUAUAUUGGGAGUCAGAUAUUGAUAUGACAACGUGUAAGUUUUGUGGCCAUCCUCGAUUUAAACAAACUUCUCGUGGUGCUACAAAAAGACAAAAAACUAAUGUAGCAUACAAAAAAAUGUAUUACUUUCCUCUAGUUCCUCGAUUGCAGAGGUUGUAUGCAUCUAAUGCUACAGCAAAUGAUAUGAAGUGGCAUGCAAAUUCAGUUGAAGAUGGAAUCAUGCGUCAUCCCUCAGACUCGCUUGCUUGGAAGCAUUUUAACCGCAUUUAUCCUGACUUUGCAUCUGAAAUUCGAAAUGUCAGGUUAGGUCUGUGCACGGAUGGUUUUCAACCAUUUGGACAAUCAGGGCAGCAAUACUCCUCAUGGCCUGUGAUACUAACAACAUACAACUUGCCUCCUUGGAUGUGUAUGAAAGAGGAGUAUAUGUUCUUGACCAUAUUGGUUCCAGGUCCAAAAAAUCCAAAAGAGAAGAUAGAUGUUUUUCUCCAACCGCUUAUUGCAGAGUUAAACCAAUUAUGGGAAGUAGGUGUUCAUAUGAUAUUUCUAAGAAGCAGAAAAUUUUCAGAUGCGAGCUGCCCUUUUGUGGACAGUUAG